GGAAAGGGGGAGACGAAGAGGGUGCCGGAGAGCUAAAGAGCGUGACAGAAAUAAUAAUAAAACAACAAAACUAAAAAGUAAAAGCAAUAUUUUUAAUAUUAAGUUUGAAAUGGCUGUAGCCUUAUUAAAACGUUUGCGACGGCCGGGGCGCUAGUACAUUAGUUCUGGAUUGUAAAGAUAAGUAUUGCUUUCAAGCAAAUACUUCUGAGAAGUUAACACUGGCCCACGUUAAUGACUAUUUAAAUGUAGAAAAUACACCUAUAUUAUUUAUCUAAAGCGAUUGAGAUAUUCUCAGGGAGGUAGGCUUGAGUGGAUAGUGUGGUAAGAGAAAAGUAAUGGAAAAUGACGACCCACAGUCACCGGACCCAACGAACAGCGACGCACCAUGCAAGAAAGGAAAUGCAGCGCCUAAGAAGACCCACUUGACUCAAAUUGAAGUAAUUCCCUGCAAAAUCUGUGGUGACAAGUCCUCAGGAGUACAUUAUGGAGUCAUCACCUGUGAGGGCUGCAAGGGUUUUUUCCGGCGCAGUCAGCAGUCCAGUGUGUCUUACUCCUGCUCGCGGCAGAGUAACUGCCCCAUCGACCGCACCAGCCGCAACCGCUGCCAGAGCUGCCGUCUGCAGAAGUGUGUGGCCCAGGGCAUGAGUCGAGACGCUGUGAAGUUCGGUCGCAUGUCGAAGCGGCAGAGGGACUCUCUCUUCGCCGAGGUGGAGCGGCACAGGCAGCUCCAGGCUAGCCCAGGCGAGGCCCUGCCCACCCUGCCGUACCACGGCAAGGAGCCUCGCCAGCGCCCGGCACACCUGGACCCGCCGGCCGCUCCAGCCUACCCCUUCCACACGGACACAGAGCUGCCUUCCUGCCCGCCUGAUAUGCACGUCUACUGCCCACAAGGAAAAUCCCAGGCUCUGGCCUACAGGCACUCCCUCGUGUCUCCGGUGUCCAGCUCACAGAGCCGGGGGGACUGCGGUAGCCAAGGGGAGGGGAGAGGACAGAGAUACAAAGUGUUUGACUCUCAGCAGAGGUACCCUGACCAGGGAAUGUCCAGAGGCGAGAUUGGGGUGAAUUUUGAGGACAUUUUCUGGCCCUAUCCCACCUCAUUGCUGCACAUAGAGGAGGUGUGUGCCAGCAUCGUGCGCUCUCACAGGGAGACCAGCCAGUAUAGGGUGGAGGACCUCCUGGCACUGAGGUGGAAGGUCUUCAGCAGAGAGGAGAUCCACACCUACCAGAGCAAGGCACUGGAUGUGAUGUGGCAGCACUGUGCGCUCAAGCUCACAGACGCGGUGCAGUACGUGGUGGAGUUCGCCAAGCACAUCCCCGGCUUCCGCGAGCUGUGUCAGAACGACCAAAUCGUCCUGCUCAAGUCCGGUUCAAUGGAGGUGGUUCUGGUGAGGAUGAGCAGGAUGUUUAAUACAGAGAACAGCACCGUUUUCUUUGAUGGGAAGUUCGCUGGCAAAGAGAUUUUCAAGUCUCUGGCCUGCAAUGACCUGAUAACUUCAGUGUUUGAGCUAGCACACAGCCUGUGCAAUCUGCGACUGACUGAACAGCAGGUGGCGCUCUUCAGUGCCCUGGUGCUCAUUAACGAAGAUCGCCCCUGCCUGGAGGAGAGGGGUAGGAUUGAGAGAGUGAGGAAAGAGGUGGAGCUGGCUCUCAGCCACACUCUGCGCAGAGAUAACCAGGAGGGCCUGCUACACAAGCUCUACCAGAAAGUGGCGAUGUUGAAAUCGCUGUGCAGUCUACACAUUGAGAAACUCAGAUGGUUCCGGCAGCUCUUUCCCCUCACUGUGCACUCCUUCUUCCCUCCGCUGUAUAAAGAGCUCUUUGGCUCAGACUCAGACAUGCCCCCUCUGGCCACACACUGAACUGCAUCAUGGAUCCCUCAGUCACGUGCACUUCUACUGACAGCGAUACUCAAGAUUUUGACAUAUUACUUGAAGACACAUUGAUUUAUGUUAUUCUCAGCACACUUGCUAUGUGGAAAGAUAUAUGAUAUCUAAUGUGCUGUUGCUACACAUUGACAUACCAUAUAUAAAUUAAGAUUUAACACACAAACACACAUAUACACACACAUACAUAUGCAAGCACGUGCACAGUAAAUGGUGAAAAGGUGAUCAAAUCAAUGUGUAUACUUGUCUAUCUGCUGUGUAAUUUUAUUUUUGUAAUUCAGAAAAAUGAAAAUAGUUGCAUAAUUAAUACAUAGGGUGAUAACUGAUGUUGAAAUUAUUUUUAUUGAAAGAAUAAUUUUAUAGGAUGAAAUAUUUUAUGAAGUAAUUAUUCAGGUAUUUGAAGGCUUUGAUUGCAGAAAAAAUGUUUAGGAUUUAUGCAGAAAAUGUUGGAAGCAUUUAUGGGAAUGAUAAUGUUGCAGAUUAUAUUUGAUAGUGAUAAGAUGUGUUAUAUUGUGUAUGAGGGUAUGCUUCUGUGAAUGUGAGUGUUUGGCUACUGCCUUGAGCAAAUAAUCAGGUACUGAAGAAAAAUGGCUCAUUUUGAAAUGAUGUUAAAUAUGGAUAUGUUUUACUUGGAAUUUAAUAACAUCAGAUCACACAUUGCAUUAUCUGCACAUGCAAUUGUUAUGUUUUUAGAUAGGGUCAGUUAUUUCACCCCUUUAGUAUCGCCAUUCAUUAAGCUACAACAUCCACCUCUGGACUCCGGAGUGCCGGAGUCACACAGGUUUUGGAGCAUUGUCUGGAGAUGAUUCAUUUUUACAUUUUUAAAAGAACAUUAUUGUUUACUUUGUGACUCGUGGCUCUGUUAAUACCAGAACUAUGACUGCAGUGCAGGGCAGAAGGCAAGCUCCUUAAAAUCUGCACAUUGUGACAGUCACAUUAGUCACGAGACUGCAUUACCAGAGAUUUCUGACUGUGUCCACCGCUGUUCCUGGAGAUUCUGAGGGGCACCAGACACAUUACCAGACACAUUACCAGAGACAGCACCAGAGACGGCACCAGAGACUGUACCUGCCCUAGCCUUUGAGGGGCCCUAAACAGAAUUUGAUUUGGGGGGCCCCCCAAACUAAUGUUAUAAAUAAUAUAUGCACUCAGUGAACACUUUAUUCGGUAUUUAUAACUUAUUUUUUAGAUUCAUUAGUCUUCUGCUGCUGUAGCCUAUCCAGUUAGAGGUUUGACGCAUUGGGAUGAGGGGAAUGUUCAGAGAUGCUCUUCUGCAUACCACUGCAAACUCAGUGCAUUAGUCACCUUCCUGUUAGCUUUGACCAGUCUGGCCCUUCACCUCUGACCUCUGAACAACGUGUUUUUUUGCCCAUGGAACUGCUGGUCACUGGAUGUUUUUUGUUUUUCGCACCAUUCUCUGCAAUGUCUAGAGACUGUUGUGUGUGAAAAUCCCAGGAGGUCAGCAGUUUCUGAGAUACUCCAACCACCCUGUCUGGCACCAACAAUCAUUCCACAGUCAAAGUCACUGAGAUCACAUUUCUUCCCCCAUUCUGUCAUUUGGUCUGAAGAACAGCUGAACCAGUCUUGACCAUGUCAGCAUGCUUUUAUGAAUUUAGUUGCUCUCACAUGAUUUGCUGAUUAAAUAUUUGCAUUAACAAGCUUGGUCUACCUAAUAAAAUGCUCACUGAGUGUAUACAGGCACACAUUUUAGAUUAUUAGGCAGCCCCUGGGAGUUGCAGGCCUGAAGCAGCUCUUUGUGUCACUUAUUGGUCAGUCGACACUGAUUGGCUGUUUUGGAUAAAAUGAGUGCAGCAAAAUGACAAAAUUGUGCAACCAAAUCAUCCCUCAUGAAAAAGAUACACUGGUCCUGUCACUGUUCCACCAUGAUAUUGUGAAUUGUUUAGUGUGGCAUAGUUUUGUGCUCAUGUUGUUAUGUGUCAAUUUUAACAUGAAGGUUACUUGUGGGUCAGUUCUUGGAAAUUCUCUUUUGUGUUUUAACCCCUGAAUUUACCUCUAUUUGUUAGCACUUAAUUAUGUAUCUAUAAUUCUGCCAAGGAAAAGCUUGUAAUAAACCGAUGAAAUGCA